CCGCCGCCGGCUCCUGCCCCAGCCCAGCCCCAGCUCGCUCCUGCCCGGAUCCCACGCCCGCUGGCCCCGUGCUGCAGCUGCCCAGCCCGGCUUGCUGUCGUCUGCGCUCUCGUCCCUGGCAGCGCCCCCCGCAUCCCGGGAUCGUGCUAGCAGGCCUUCGCGCCCCCCGCGCCCCUUGCACCCCGGGAUCGAUCCGUCCGCCCCGCGCGGCCCAGGCUGCAUCCCCGGAGCGCCGGCCUGCGCCCCCGCUCGCUGCUCCCCGGCACUCUCGGGGGGCCCACCCGCCUGCACCCUGGAGCGCCGGACCGCGAGCCUCUGCCAACUCCUCUGGAUCCUUGCGGCCGUGAGCAGCGGCUGCCGCGCCUGUCUGCCGGAGGGAGGACCUUCGCCACUGCAUUUGCCCGGUAACUCUGGCUGUUCCCCGUGCCCCUUGGCUAAAACGGGCACUCCAGGAACAUGGCAGACGAAGACCUCAUCUUCCGCCUGGAAGGCGUUGAUGGCGGCCGGUCCUCCCAGGCUGGCCACGAUGGUGAUUCUGAUGUGGACAGUGAUGAUGAGGAAGGUUACUACAUCUGCCCCAUCACUGAUGACCCCAGGUCAAACCAGAAUGUCAAUUCCAAGGUUAAUAACUACUACGGCCACCUAACGAAAAAUGAGAGAUAUGGCUCCAGCGGGUCCCCGGCAAGUUCCUUCCAUGUCAAGGAAGCCUGGAAGCACGCGAUCGAGAAGGCCAAGCACAUGCCAGACCCCUGGGCUGAGUUCCACCUCGAGGACAUUGCCACAGAGUGUGCGACGCGGCACAGGUACAACGCUGUCACCGGGGAGUGGCUACAAGAUGACGUUCUGAUCAAGAUGGCGUCCCAGCCCUUCGGCCGAGGAGCCAUGAGGGAGUGCUUCAGGACGAAGAAGCUCUCCAACUUCCUGCACACCCAGCAGUGGAAGGGGGCCUCCAACUACGUGGCAAAGCGCUACAUCGAGCCCGUGGGCAGGGACGUGUACUUUGAGGAUGUGCGUCUGCAGAUGGAGGCCAAGCUCUGGGGGGAAGAAUAUAAUCGACACAAGCCACCCAAGCAGGUGGACAUCAUGCAGAUGUGCAUCAUCGAGCUGAAGGAGAGGCCAGGCAAGCCCCUCUUCCACCUGGAGCACUACAUCGAGGGCAAGUACAUCAAGUACAAUUCCAACUCAGGCUUUGUCCGUGAUGACGACAUCCGCCUGACACCGCAGGCUUUUAGCCACUUCACAUUUGAGCGUUCCGGCCAUCAGCUGAUAGUGGUGGACAUCCAGGGAGUAGGUGACCUCUACACUGACCCACAGAUCCACACCGAGAUGGGCACUGACUUUGGAGAUGGCAACUUAGGAGUCCGGGGGAUGGCGCUCUUCUUCUACUCUCAUGCCUGCAACCGGAUUUGCAUGAGCAUGGGCCUCGCUCCCUUUGACCUCUCGCCACGGGAGAAGGACGCGGUGAAUCAGAACACCAAGCUGCUGCAAUCAGCCAAGACCAUCUUGAGGGGGACAGAGGAAAAGUGUGGGAGCCCCCGCGUAAGGACCCUCUCUGGGAGCCGGCCACCCCUGCUCUUCCGCCUCUCAGAAAACUCUGGAGACGAGAACAUGAGCGACAUGACGUUUGACUCUCUCCCUUCCUCCCCGUCUUCGGCCACACCACACAGCCAGAAGCUGGACCAGCUCCAUUGGCCAGUGUUCAGUGACCUUGAUAACAUGGCGCCCAGAGACCAUGACCAUCUGGACAACCACCGGGACUCUGAGAACAGUGGGGACAGCGGAUACCCCAGUGAGAAGCGGGGUGAACUGGAUGACCCUGAGCUCCGAGAACAUGGCCACUCCAACAGUAGUCGGCGGUACGAGUCUGACGAGGACAGUCUGGGCAGCUCUGGACGGGUCUGUGUAGAGAAGUGGAAUCUCUUCAACUCCUCCCGCCUCCACCUGCCGAGGGCUUCGGCCGUGGCCCUGGAAGUGCAAAGGCUUAAUGCUCUGGACCUUGAAAAGAAAAUCGGGAAGUCCAUUCUGGGGAAGGUCCAUCUGGCCAUGGUGCGCUACCACGAGGGCGGGCGCUUCUGCGAGAAGGACGAAGAGUGGGACCGCGAGUCGGCCGUCUUCCACCUGGAGCACGCGGCCGACCUGGGCGAGCUGGAGGCCAUCGUGGGCCUGGGGCUCAUUUACUCGCAGCUGCCCCACCACAUCCUGGCCGACGUCUCUGUGAAGGAAACAGAAGAGAAUAAAACAAAAGGAUUCGAUUACUUACUGAAGGCAGCUGAAGCUGGCGACAGACAGUCCAUGAUCCUGGUGGCACGAGCUUUUGACACCGGCCAGAACCUCAGCCCAGACAGAUGCCAAGACUGGGUGGAGGCCCUGCACUGGUACACCGCUGCCCUGGAGAGGACGGACUGCGACGAGGGUGGCGAGUACGACGGCAUGCAGGACGAGCCCCGGUACACGCUGCUGGCCAGGGAGGCCGAGAUGCUGUUCACCGGCGGCUGCAGGCUGGACAAGGACCCGCAGAGAUCAGGGGACUUGUACACCCAGGCGGCAGAGGCAGCCAUGGAAGCCAUGAAGGGCCGGCUGGCCAACCAGUACUACCAGAAGGCAGAGGAGGCCUGGGCCCAGAUGGAGGAGUGACCUGCCGGGAGGAUCACUGCCGGUCCCAAGCCAAAGGGCUAGGAGAAGAAGAAGAAAAAAAAAAAAAAAAAAGACUUAUUUAGUUUGGGGAAAGCAUUUUUAGUGUGUUAUAAAUCAACUUUCUUUUUGUAUUUCAUUUUUUGACUCUCGAAAAUGUCUUUGCUACUAGCAGAGACACUACAGCUGUCCCUUAGGGCAGUAUUUUGGGGGGAGUGGGGAUUGAAAAAGCAGCCUAAUGAGCUGACAUGUCAUUUUGAUGUUCUAUUUUUAUUUGUAUUUCCUUUUUUUGUCACAAGAUGUAAGAAAGUGCUUUUUGCCUUGGAUGGCCGAUGUUAGGGCUCAGCUCACCAGCCCUUUCUGGCUGGACUGAAAUCUCAGGCCCCAGAGCCCUGCGUUUUGUAAAUCAGGAAGGGGAGUGUAGGGGCUGCACAUUAACUUCCCUGGGGAUGCGUAUUGUUGUGACUUAGCAUAAGCCUUCUUUCUUGAAGCAUUUGGAAGCAUGCAUGGCUUCUUUUGGUGGAUGUGAGAUUGUACAAUACCCACAGCCCCUUCGGCUGUAGGGAAGGGCUCACUUACUGACUGUUUUCUAAUCUUUUAGUUUUAUUUUCCUUCCAUAAUGCUACUGAUUAAAAUUCCAUUUUUUAA